AUGGCUAUAAUCUCACCAGAACCGGACGAAAAGUUUGCUCGUCUCAUGAAUGUUGGAGGAGGCAUGUUUCGGGAGGGCUUCAGGUACGCCCUUGCUACCAUCAGUCUCGAGUUCAUCGCCCAGGCGGAGGCCCAGCGCCUUGACGGGACACUCCACCGUAACCCUUAUCACCUAGACGGGUUAAAACAGGUUAUGAAAGAUUUGGUUGCGAAAUCCACAGAGAGAAUCAGACAGGGAGAUACCAAUAUCAAGGGACACGUUUUUCUGAGUAUGGUUAUGGCGCAAGUCGACGCCAUCGAGGCCGGUGUUCCGGGGGAUUUGAAGAUCGCACGUAAUGCGAAGGAAAGCGUGGAUCUUUGUUACUCCUUACUACAGGAGCAAGCAAGCAUUGUUACUGAUAUUGAGUUUGGGUCUUCACCAUCUGAUUUUGACGCUGGGCAAAGAGGUUUCGAGCUGGAUUGGGACUUGGAGUUCUUUCUCCCAGACGCAGAGUUUUGA